CGGAAAUCAUCCAACGUCACUCCCGUCCAAGAGAACUACAUGCUCCUCGACUUCACUUCAACCUCUCAACUCAUAAGUUCCUUCGGGAAACAUUCCCUUCUAUUUAUUUAUAUUCAAAUCCUGAUUAUCUAUGUCCAGUUUCAACAUGCUCCCUCGCACACCAAUCCUUUCACUCCUGCGCUCCGCAGCAAAGCCCGUGUCUGUGCCAGCUCCAGCGCGGUACUUCUCGACCUCCCCGGCUCUUAAGGAGGCGGGCUCGACGCUGCCGGCUAAAAAGCCUGUUGGAGCUUUCCGCGGAGGGGUGCUGGGCUUCCUGGCUGGGUCUGUGACUGCUGGAACGCUUGUUUAUUAUUACAUCUUGCAAGAGUAUCGGACGGCUAAUGAGAUGCUGUCGGAGGAUAUCUAUGCACUCCAAUUGGCCACGCAACAGCUCCAGUCCUACGUUGUGGAGCUCGAAACCAAGGUGGACGGACUACAGAAGAAGUGAUUAUAUAACUAUUCGACUUUAAUUCUAUUUUAUUGUUUUUAUUGUUUUCCGUUCCGGUUUUCUUUUUUCUCCUGUUAAUUGAGCUCACUGAGACUCAAUCAACGCGCUACUCUGUCUGUCUAUAUUCGCGAAUUGUUAAGCGGUGCUAUUCCUGUUUGAUAACCAGUUUAAUGUCAACGUAUUUGAUUGAAUUGACAUCUCUAAUCCGUCC